AUCCAUAGUGGACACCGGUAGCAUUGAUCAACAGGAAAAGGGUGAUUUCUUAGGAGUUGAUUCCAGCUCUAGAGACAAGAAUAUCCAGUGUUCAUUACUUGAAGAUACCAAAACUUCUUACAAGUUUGAAGUAGAUGGUCAGUCUCUACCGUCUUGUGCUAGGAGCCAUCUUGAAGAGUCACUGUCUAUUAAGGACAAAUACAUCCGGGAAGCUUGCGAGGUUUUCCAAGGGAACAAAAAUACAUUUUAUACAGGGACUUUUAUUUCAAAAGCUUGCCCUCUCAAGGCUGAAGUUCUCGAAUUCUUGGACCUGAUGGAGACCACAAUAUCAAAGGUGAAACAACGCAAUGUUUGUCCUGAUGAAGAAAAUGAUGCCUUAAAGGAAAUGCUUGACAUCCGUGAAGAAUUAUUACAUUUAUCUGAACUCCUUCAUCCAAGGCAUGAGAAGCAUCAAGGUUGUGACAUUGAAUGGCUAGAGAAUGAUGCUAUAGGCCGUACCUCUACCAGAUUACAGGAAAGUAGGGACAGAUUGAACAGAUUUAAGGCUGUAUUUGAAGGUAACACCCAGGCUGACACUGAGUGCAUUCAAACAGUCCAAUCUAAAAACAAGCAAAAGAUGAAGCACAAGCCCAAGAGAAAUAAGAAAGGUGGAAAAAAGAAGUAAACUUCCAGAAGAUUUAUCGGUGUAUAGGAUUGAUGGAUGUAUGUAUUUUACAUGACAUCUUUAAAGUGCCAGUGAAUUCAUGAUAUUCUUUUGGUUUGAUGAACUCCUCUUUUAUAAUGUAUUUUAGUAGAACUUAUUUGGUAUAUUCAUACAAAACCCUUUGUACGAAAUUUUACAUCGUCUUAUUAUAUUAAGGUAAUGAAAAGAAGAUUAAAAUUUGUCACAUAGAUUAUAACCAAGGUUGCCAUGCCCCUCAUCUGGGAAAAAAAUAUAUUCA